UUCUUGUCACUUGAACUAUAUCACAUGUUCCAAGUUCCAAAAUCAGCCUUUCUGAAUAGAGAAGAGAGACAAAAUAGUCCGCGAAAUCUCCAAAAUGACCUUUAACAUAACCGCCGUGAAAACCUCAUCCAACGGAGCAUGGCAAGGCGACAAUCCCUUGAACUUCGCGUUUCCGUUACUCAUCAUCCAAACGGCGUUAAUCAUCGCCGUCAGUCGCUCCCUCGCCAUCCUCUUCAAACCCCUUCGCCAACCUAAAGUCAUCGCUGAGAUCGUCGGAGGGAUCUUGUUAGGACCGUCUGCUUUAGGACGAAACACGACGUACAUGGACCGUAUCUUCCCGAAAUGGAGCAUGCCGAUACUCGAAUCCGUCGCGAGCAUAGGCCUCCUCUUCUUCCUCUUCCUCGUCGGUCUCGAGCUCGACUUAUCAUCCAUCCGCCGAAGCGGGAAACGCGCGUUCGGAAUCGCGGUCGCGGGAAUCACGCUCCCGUUUCUCGGCGGCGUCGGAGUCGCGUUUGUGAUCCGCAGCACUCUCUACACCGCCGUCGAUAGACCGGGGUACGCCGAGUUUCUCGUUUUCAUGGGUGUAGCGCUCUCCAUCACGGCUUUCCCUGUGUUGGCGCGUAUCUUGGCGGAGCUCAAGCUUCUGACGACGCAGAUCGGAGAAACCGCGAUGGCUGCAGCCGCUUUCAACGAUGUAGCCGCGUGGAUUUUACUCGCUUUAGCGGUUGCGUUAGCGGGUAACGGUGAAGGCGGUGGGGAGAAAAAGAGUCCGUUGGUGUCGCUGUGGGUUCUGUUAUCAGGUGUCGGAUUUGUUGUUUUUAUGUUGGUUGUGAUCCGACCCGGAAUGAAAUGGGUCGCGAAGCGCGGAUCUCUUGAAAACGGCGUCGUACGAGAGUCUUUCGUGUGUUUGACGUUAGCUGGUGUUAUGGUUUCCGGUUUCGCGACGGAUUUGAUUGGGAUUCAUUCUAUUUUCGGAGCGUUUGUGUUCGGUUUGACUAUACCGAAAGAUGGGGAGUUUGGUCAGAGAUUGAUUGAACGGAUUGAGGAUUUUGUCUCCGGUUUACUAUUGCCGCUUUAUUUCGCGACGAGUGGAUUGAAAACUGACGUGGCGAAGAUCAGAGGAGCUGUGUCGUGGGGGAUGUUGGGUCUUGUCGUGGUUACGGCUUGCGUUGGAAAGAUCGUCGGGACUUUUGCAGUGGCGGUGAUGGUUAAGGUUCCUGCGAGAGAAGCGUUGACACUUGGUUUCUUGAUGAACACGAAAGGUUUGGUGGAGCUCAUUGUACUCAAUAUAGGCAAGGAGAAAAAGGUGCUAAACGACGAGACGUUUGCGAUACUAGUGCUAAUGGCACUCUUCACAACGUUCAUUACAACGCCGACUGUAAUGGCCAUUUACAAGCCGGCACGUAGUACCCACCGCAAACUAAAGGACUUGUCGGCGAGCGAGGACUCCACCAAGGAAGAGCUUCGCAUCCUCGCCUGCCUCCAUGGUCCAGCCAAUGUAUCAUCUCUUAUCUCUGUCAUCGAGUCCAUCCGAACCACCAAGAUGCUGCAGCUAAAACUAUUCGUCAUGCACCUCAUGGAACUAACGGAACGAUCUUCAUCAAUCAUAAUGGUGCAAAAAGCCCGUAAAAACGGAUUUCCUUUCGUCCAGCGUUACCGUCAUGGAGAGUGCCACAGUAACGUCAUAGGAGGCUUCCAAGCCUACCGUCAACUAGGUCGAGUCGCGGUCCGCCCUAUUACCGCAGUCUCUCCUUUACACACAAUGCACGAAGACAUAUGCCACAUGGCAGAGACCAAGAGGGUCACAAUGAUCAUUUUACCUUUCCACAAACGUUGGAACGUUGAUCAUGGUCAUGACCACCAUCGCCACCAAGACGGAGGAGAUGGAAACGUACCGGAAAACGUCGGUCAUGGCUGGAGAUUAGUUAACCAGAGGGUUUUGAAGAACGCACCAUGUUCCGUGGCGGUUCUUGUUGACCGUGGACUUGGCUCCAUCGAGGCCCAAAGUUCGAACAUUGAUAGCUCUAAUGUGGUUGAAAGGGUUUGUGUGAUUUUCUUUGGUGGUCCUGACGACCGUGAGGCUUUAGAGCUCGCCGGGAGGAUGGCGGAGCAUCCUGCGGUUAAAGUUACUCUCAUUAGGUUUUUGGUGAGAGAAACGUUGAGGAGUAACGCCGUCACGUUACGGCCAGCACCGAGUAAAUGCAAGGAGAAGAAUUAUGCCUUCUUGACAACCAACGUGGAUCCAGAAAAAGAAAAGGAAUUAGAUGAAGGAGCAUUAGAAGAUUUCAAGAGCAAAUGGAAAGAAAUGGUAGAGUACAAAGAAAAGGAACCAAACAACAUAAUUGAAGAAGCAUUGUCAAUAGGACAGAGUCAAGGCUUUGAUCUCAUAGUGGUUGGAAGAGGGAGAUUACCGUCCGCCGAGGUGGCGGCGUUAGCUGAGCGUCAGGCCGAACAUCCUGAAUUAGGUCCUAUUGGGGACGUGCUUGCUUCUUCGAUCAACCACAUCAUCCCAUCAAUACUUGUGGUUCAGCAACACAACAAAGCUCAUGUGGAGGAGAUGACGGUUUCCAAAAUUGUUAAUGAGUCUUCUCUAAGUAUUAAUGGAGAUACAAAUGUAUGAACAUAAGAUGUUGAUGUAGCUAGUUGAACUUUGUCUUAGUGGUUAAUUAAAGUGGUAUGAAUUGUAGAAAGAUCGUUCUACCUAAAAUAAAUAAAUAACCAUGAUUAUGCUUCAAAUUGCAUCUUGUGAGAUGUAAUUAGUAGUGAUUGUAGAUAAUGAUUAUGCAGUAUAAUGUGAAUAAUUAUUGUAUGGA